ACCCAUCAGUAGCUGUAGCCUGUAGUCUCUGCCCCUUUCGUCUGUUAAAUGGACAUAAAGAGAGGAACGGGUAUGAAAGACGUAUCCAAGAACAUGCGACUUACAGGAAUAAAAAACUUCGUUGUUCCGGGUCUUUUUCACCGGAUCGAUUGUCUUAAAUGUUAGCUACUAAGCUAAUCAAGCUAGCUAACAAGCUACAGGGAGCUCACAGGAAGAAGAGCAGAGGGGGAUACUUGAUGUAUCUUCAUGGAUUCAACUUCUGCAGCUGCAAAAGCAGCAUGGCGUGUAGGUGACAGUUGUCUGGCUCCUGACCCUAAAGAUGGCACCCUGAGAGCAGCCACUAUCCAGAAACUGACCUCCAUCUCCCAUAGUAAUGACACAGCAUGGGUAAUCUUCAAUAAUAAAAAUGCAGAAGAAAAAGAAGAAGAGGAAAAGGAAGAGAAGGCUGUACCUGUCUCAAAACUCACGAGGCCAGGCAUGAACCACUUCAUACAGGAGAAACCUGUGUUUCCCAGCAGCGUCACAGAGCCCGGUCACUGCGUCCCCUUGGAGCUCAGUGAUGCUGAUGAAGACAGAGUCCCAUACACUAUCAACAGAUACCUGAGGGAUUACCAGAGGGAAGGCAUCAGGUUCAUUUACAACAACUACAUCCGUUCCAGAGGUUGUAUCCUGGGUGACGAUAUGGGCCUUGGAAAAACUGUGCAGGUUAUUGGUUUUCUUGCUGCUGUGUUGCACAAAACAGGCACAUGGGAGGACAUCGAGAACAACAGGCCUCAGUUUCUCCAGAGUCAGAUGCCCUCGAAGCAAAGUAGUCCCAGCAAAGUGUUUCUCAUUGUGGCCCCAUUAUCAGUGCUUUAUAAUUGGAAAGAUGAACUGGACAUGUGGGGUCACUUCCAGUGUGUGGUGGUCCAUGGGCUGAGGAAAGAAGAGGAGCUGGCUCGCAUCAAGAAGGGACGGAUUGAGAUAGCUCUAACUACCUAUGAGACUCUUCGCCUCUGCCUGGAUCAGUUUAACAACAUAGACUGGUCUGCUGUAGUUGUGGAUGAAGCCCACAAAAUAAAAAAUCCAAACUCUCAAAUCACUCAGGCCAUGAAGGAGCUGAGAUGUAAGAUCAGGAUUGGUCUCACUGGCACCAUCUUACAGAACAACCUCGAGGAGCUGUGGUGUGUUAUGGAUUGGGCCAUACCUGGUUGUCUCGGCCGUUUGGGGCAUUUCAAGAACCAGUUUUCAGAUCCCAUUGAACAAGGGCAGCGGCACAAUGCAACGAAACGUGCCCUAGCUACAGGGAGGAAGACUGUCAGAGCCCUUGUGAGGAAGAUUUCUCACUGGUUCCUUAGACGGACUAAAGCUCUCAUCGGAGAACAACUGCCCAAGAAGGACGACAGAGUGGUGUAUUGCUCUCUGACAGACUUUCAGCAGACUGUGUAUCAGACAGUGCUGGACACUGAUGAUGUGACGUUACUGUUGAGGUCUUCGGAGAAAUGUGAUUGUCAGAGUGGACGCACCCGCAGAAGAUGCUGCUAUAAAACAAACUCAGAGGGUGUUCCAGUGAAGCACCUGUACUUUAGCUACCUGGCCAUAUUGAGGAAGGUCGCUAACCAUACAGCACUGCUUCAGUCCACUGCAGGCAUCAGCAAAAAGCAGGAAAAGUAUGUCGGUGCCAUUUGUGCAAAGGUAUUCCAGAAGUUUCCGGACUUUGUGCAGAGAUGCAAAACUGAAGCGUUUGAAGCCCUGUCGGACCCGAUGUACAGUGGAAAGAUGAAGGUUUUGCAGAAGCUCUUCAGGCAUUACCUGCAAAAGAGACAUAAAGUACUUGUUUUUUCUCUCUCGACAAAACUGUUAGAUGUGCUGGAGAGCUACUGCAUGGCAGAGGGGCUGGACUUCAGCAGGUUGGAUGGGUCCACCAAAUCCAAAGAGAGGCUGCAGAUUGUCAAAGACUUCAACAGCUCCUCUCACGUCAACCUGUGCCUGGUUUCCACAAUGGCAGGUGGUCUUGGUCUGAAUUUCGUCGGUGCUAAUGUGGUGGUGCUGUUCGAUCCCACCUGGAACCCAGCCAAUGACCUUCAGGCUAUUGACAGGGCAUAUCGUAUCGGCCAGUGCAGGGACGUGACUGUUCUCAGGCUCAUCUCCUUGGGGACUGUAGAGGAGAUUAUAUACCUCAGACAAGUUUACAAGCAGCAACUGCAGUCGUCAGUCAUCGGUAAGGAGAGUGCCCGGAGGUAUUUUGAGGCAGUGCAAGGGCGUGGUGUCCAUAGGGGUGAACUGUUUGGGAUCAAAAACCUCUUCAGGCUGCAGACCCAAGGGACGUGUCUCACCCGCAAGAUUCUAGAGCGUGAAGGGCGGGUGGAGGCCGGCGUAAUGACAACGAGCAUGCACAGAGGCGAAGAGAAGGAGGAGGGGGAGGAGGAGGAGGUGACGACUGGAGUUAGCAAACGUGAAGAUGCUUCAGCUACAGAUGGUCCCGUACCAAGUAAUGAUCCGACAAAAGAGGACAGAGGUGUAACGAAGGUCCCCACAGGGGUACUGGACUUCAGCAGUGGGAGCGAAGAGGAGGAGGAGGAGGAGGAGCAGCGGCUUAGGAGGAACACCGGUGCAGAUGAAGGCAGUAGGACUGGGGGUUCUUCCGCUGCUCCUGGUCGAAUGAGUCUCCUCCAGCACGGUUUCUCCAGACUCCUCGAAAGAGUCAUAGAGAAACCAGAUCUGAGCGAAGAGGACAGUGCUGAAGGAAGCCCCUUGGAGGAAUAUGCAGAGGAUCAGAAGGGGGAGAACACCUCCAAUGGCGCUGGUGGUCUCCCUAAAUUGGGAACAACAAACUGGGACACAUUUAGGGAUUCAGACAGAGAAAAUGAAAAAGGUGCAAGGCAAGACAAGGUGUCUCUGUUGAAAGAAAAUGAUGAUGCUAUAAGAAGGAGGCAGAGCCUGAAACGAUGCAUAGAUGAAAAAAUGACAGUGAAUGAGAAGAGCGAUGAAAACUCUUCACCAAAUAAAAAGAAAGCCAACAAGCUCAGAAUGCACCACUUGGAGGGUUACUCUGACGAGUCUGAGGAUUUUGACCUAGAGGCAAAGGAGGAUGCUUCACAUUCACGCGACAGAAGAGGAGAUAGAGGGGGAGGAUGUCUAGGCCGCAACAGAAAGAGGCAACAUGCGAGUGUGAGGAACAUGCUAAGAUCCAAAUACACAGAAUACAUUGAGACAUUCACUUCUUCAGAGGAUGAGUGCACAACUGCACGGACAGAAAGGUCCAGAGUUGGGCGAAGAGCAGCAACGGACACAAAAGAAAGGCAUGUUUCAAGAGGUGUUUCAUUUACCAGUCUGAAAGGUCAGACAUCCAAAGAAAAUAACGUAACUAUCGACGGUGUGCUUGAGGGCGUACGGGAGGUGGCGUAUACCCAUUCGAACCAGCGCGUUGUUGGUGGGAGCAAAGCGGAGGAUCUCAUCAGCAGAGCUGCUGUUCGGGAUGUUUUUCAACGCAAAAUUUACUCUCAGCUCCCGGCCAAUCAGGUUCUAAACACCGAGGAGAGCCUGUCGUUGAGCCUACCCGACAGUCAGCCCUGCUCUGCCACCCCCGCGCUGCGGACGCUCAGCGUGGAUCAUCCAGUCACCUUUAAUAGCAAGAGUGUGCACCGCACCAGACACACCACCAUCAUCAUUGGAGAGACUCCCAAGGCCAUAUGCAGGCAGCAGCUUGAGGAAAUGGCAGAAAAAUUCCAAUUUCCCUCAGCCCGUGAGUUUGCGAAGGAGAUUCUGCGCACAAACUCAACCCUGAGACUAGCCUGGCUACAGCAGUACUACACUUCACUGAAUGACCCCAACCUUGCCGCUGCAGUCACAAACAACUUCCCGCAAACUGUUUCAGCACAAACCUCCUCCUCCGUUUCAGCUGCUUCCUCUUCACUCUCCACAAAAACAGCUGCCCCAAAAUGCCACACAAACACCAGGACCUCACAAAAGGAAUUUCCACAUGCUGCAAAAAUUCCCCAAAACACCCCGAAGAAUUGGCAAUGCAGAAAAAGACACGAGACUCCACAAAACAUUGUUUCUUUGACAGAGAAAAAUGCUAGAAUCCCAGGAAAUGAUGUUCGAGAACCCUUCAAAAAGAAAAAGGUUUCACAGAAGAAUGCUGUAGAACCUAAAAGCGAUGUUCUAAACCCUGAGUCAGGGGACCAGGAGGAGACGGACUGCAGUGCCAGAGGACACAAGCGGACAAAGAGGGAUAGUGUUUCUAAUUCUGGAGCCUUCAGAGCUGGUGGUGGUCUUGGCGUGCAUCAGGCCAGCAGCAGUGGUCUGGGGUCUGGGGAGGCUGCUGCUUUCCUGAACCGCACAGACAGAGAUACCCCUUCUUCUUCAGACCUCAGCCAUGGCAAGUCCACCAUGGUAUCCAAACCCACAGCGCAAGGACUGGAGCGGGAACUCAAAUCAUCUUCGCCGAUGAGUGAAGCUAUGCAAGAGCAGAGCGAAAACCUUCAGGCUCCUUCCUCUUCCAGCACUUGCUCGUUGCUUACGGAUCUGAUUGGAGAUACCUCAAUACUUGAUGACUUGCUGAAACCCAAAUCAAGGAGUGUACAACGGAGGAGCGCACUAAAAACAACCCCCGCAGGUGCCGGCUCACCUUCGCUUCUCACCGGAAUCGCUUUUGAUCCCGAUUCAAGCUCACCCAGACAAACCACACAGCAGGUUAAAACAACAGAGCUGGCAAUGAAAGGCGGUCGCAAAGACUUCUGGGACAUCCUGAAUGAAGGCAAUGAGGAGAGUAUCAACAGAUUAACAGACCCAGAAGAAAUACAGAGAGUUUGCAUCAACACUAACAUUGCAGCUAGAAGUAGGUCUGGACAGAAAGACACCGCAAGUCUAUGGAAAACUAAUGAGAAGUUCCUGUGGAGGAAAUAAUACAGACCAUAUAUUUUAGCUCUUUUAGUCUUUAAAACCAUACCGAGCUUUCCUACAUCUGGUGAUGCGAUUGAUGUGAUGAUUUAAAAUUCCAUAUCAUCAAUUAAUUUUUUAUGUGUCUUUUUUUAUUUACAUAUGUGAAAAUAUUCUCUGUUCACUGUUAGAGACGGGACCAGAAUGUUAUUCAAAUAAACAGGGUGUUAACCACUCUGGAAAUGGGA